AUGGAUGACACGCUUGAUCUCCCUUCCAUGGUCGAGGACCUCGAAGCCAACAUCGACGACCUCUCCGAAACACUCCGCCCGCUUCUCUCAACCCCUCUUUCGGACCGCGCCUCCAAGCUCCCUCUCCUCGACAAAGCAAAACUCUACGUCCACGCUGCAUACGCCAUCGAGUCGCUCAUAUUCUCCGCGCUCCAAGCCUCUGGCAUUAACGCCAAAGAACACCCCAUCUUUGCCGAACUCGCGCGACUCAAGGGCUAUUUCAAGAAAAUAAAGGACGCGGAAUUAGGGCCUGUGCCGCGUGCGAGGAUUGACAAAGAGGCAGUUGGGAGAUUUAUUAAGCAUGGUUUGGCUGGGAAUGAUAGGUUUGAGGCGGAGAGGGUAGAGAGGGUUUCAAAGGAGAAAGCAAAGGCGAAUUUG